UAAACAUACGCAUGCGCAGUGGUGUCAAUAGUGUGAAGAUGGCGACCCGCAUGAGAAGGGCAACCCAUACGGAUAGUUUUGCUGUUAAAUAUCGGGAAAUGGAAUAAGGUGAUAUUUUAGUUAUGGCGGAACGUAGAAGGAUUAUACCAGCUUCGGUUGGACCACUUUUUAAGGAUCUGAGAGAGAACAUAACUAAGCCUGCACUGCGACUUGUGCUCGACCUGGGAGAAACAACAGAAGAGCUAUGUUCAGAAUUUGCCUACCCUGUCCUGGUUAAAAAUGCUGUGUAUGAAGAGGAUUUGCAAGGAUUAGAAGCCAUAGCAAAGAAAUUUGAAGAAAAGUAUAAUAAACCUGGUAAGAAGGGAAAGAAGAAGAAGAUGAUUUUAGAGGAUCUGAUAGACGCUGGAAUGGGUUAUGAUGUAGAUGAUCCGUUUGUGGAUAACUCAGAAUGUUAUGAUGAAUUAGUCCCUGCCAGUCUUACAACACAGUUUGGAGGUUUUUACAUCAAUUCUGGUCAGCUGAAAUUCAAGGAAAUCUCAGAUUCUGAAGAUGGUGAUUUCCAAAAACCUAAGACACCAAAGGCUAGCUACCAGACCCUGGAAAAGAAGAGGUUUAAGAUGGAGAAUGGAGACGGAAAGAGAGAGAAGAAAAUGAAGAGGAAGCUAUCAAGUGAAAGUGGGAGUGGAGAUCACAUCUCAAAGAAAACCAAGAAACAACUAAAGAAAAAGUUCAGGGAAGAUAAGAAAAAGAAGAAGAAGGGACCGAGGGUGAUUCGCACCCAAACCGUAGCUGAGCUACUCAAGCGUAGCACCGGUUCACCGCAAAGUCAUCCAGCUACCUCAACCUUCAAUGGAACACCUUCCACUUCAAAUGCUGCAACAUCCAAAGCCUCUUCCUCAAACUCCACCCCUCAGGGGAUGGUAUCAUCGUCGGGCGGGGCCCAGGCGGGCGGGGUGGACAUGUCAUUGGAUCUUGGUAUCUCAGUAAAUGAUCUUGAUAAAGAAACGAUGGACAUGGUUGACUUUGUGAAUGGGACUGAGGGUAUGAUGAGCGGGGUUGGUUCUACCGGGGGCGUGGCUGCAGGGAGUGGUGGUGAUCAGGAUAGCGAUGUCAAUGUAUCACCUUCAGCUCCAGGUACAGGGGGUGAGGAGAUGGGGUCAAAAGAGAUGGUCAACUUACCACUAGAACUGCCGCUACAACUUGUAGACAACAUUCAGAAGAUAAAAGAGGCUGCCAGAAAGUCAGUAGAGGGAAAGACUAAAUUCUUCAAUUCCUAUGUCAAUGGUCUGUUACUCAAGAUUGAACAUGGUACUCGUUUGGUGAACUGCAGCAAGAGAUCAGCUGUCUAUUCACAUCUUGCUUGCCAUCUACCCUGCACUAAAGUCACUCUUCAGAAGAGAGCUAAGAAACUUCAGCUAGGUAUUCAAGACAAUCAUCUUAAAGAACCUCUUCAAAGACUUCGCGAAGGUAUUGCUCAAGUGAUGCCAGAUCAAGAGAUGCGAUUUAAAACCGAAUGUGAAGAAGUCUCUCUCAAGAUGGAUCUUGGGCCGACACAUGAUGCAGAAGGAAAGUUAAUAGAACUCAAACCACCUAAGAAGAAGUUCCUCUGGGAUAUCAGGUUGAGAGCUCUGCUGUGUGAAGUAGUCAAGGUGAAGGUGAAGACGUUUGAGAUCAGUAAAACCCGAACCCAGUCUGCGGAGGAAUACCUCAAGGCUUUCCUGGAUACAGACGUCAAGAACCUAUGGCCCAAGGAUUGGAUACAAACAAGAAAUCUUUACAAGGAGAGCAGAGGAGUCCAUGACCAUGUGACAUACUCUGUAGGCAAGCAGCGCAAGGCUACACCUGGACCUCCCAGGAAACUGCUCCUAACGACUGUCAAGAAAACCAUUGGUGGUGACGACAUUGAAGGGUCAAGUAUCGCCCCCCAUGGUUCAUCAGAGACUCAAGAGUUUGAACCAUCUAGCUCACAGAUCAACGAGAUGAUGGGUAGUCCAGUCACAACCAAGCAUGGAGAUGAUGUCCUCCAGUGUGUGUCUUUGGUUGAUUAUACCGGUAGUGGAGAGGACUCUAUGGAUGCAGUCAUCUCAAGCUCUCAGCUGAAAGGCACAGAGUAUGCAACGGCUUCAUCAGAUAGCAAUCAAGAAGCACCGGUUGCUCCAGGGCAGAGUGUUCCUGUUUCUAGUACAUCACCCUUGCCUAAUCUGGAUCCUAGCUUCCUGGUAGACCAGAUGCUAAACCAACAAUUAGUGACAAACUCUCAAGAUGUAAGACCAGGAGUAGGUGGUUCAGUAUCAAAUGUAAGAACUGUAGAUAUGAAUGUCAGAGUUCAAGGAACUAAGAAAGCUUCAAUGAUGCCAGAGACUGCUAAACUAGCCGCAAUGUCUACAGGGGAAAUGCUUCCAAAACAGGCAGGUGUAGACUCGUUGUCCAGUCAGCAAUCUUACUCUGCCAAGUUAUCUGCCAUCAGUAAUAUACACAACAUGAAAACAAUGCAUAAACAAGAGCCUGGUGUGCAGGCUAAGGAUGUGACAUCAUCUAGUAUGAUGGGUAAAGGGAGACAUACUGUGAGCAGUGUAUCCAAGUCUGGUCAGCCAGUGAUUAGACUUAUGAGAGACUCUAAGAUUGAGAUGAUGUCAACUCAGUCCAACAUCCGAAUCCAAGUUCAAGGAACACAGCAGCAGAAAGGACAAGCAUCGGUACCUAAAACACAGACUGUCCUUGGAGGGGUACAUACGAUGCCUUACACACAACCAACAAGCAAUACUUCAUUACAGGGUAGAUCAUCAAGUGUGAAGACUCAAAGAUUAGGUGGGGGCAUGGAUCCACUACCUCAGAUGUCCUCUCAGGUUGCCCCCGGCAACGGUAACAUCCGUCUAUCUCCAUCAUCACAAUCUACCUCUCGUCGGUCAAGCUACGUCUCGCCAACCAACCCCCAGCAACGAGCUGGUACUGCCCACAGCCCAGGAUCAGCAUUCUCCACUCCCUCUCAACACAGCCAUCAUAUGAAAGCCCAAGCAUCGCCAUCAAUACCCCAGCAGACAUCACCAUCAGGGUUAGGAGCCUACUCCUCAACAACCCCACGCCAGUACACAUCACCACACAAGCAAUACAGCCCUGGUCAUACCUCACCUAUCGCUGCUGCAUACUCUACCACCUCUCCCUCUUCCUAUCAAUCCAUAGCAGGUGCUGGUGGGUACCAACAAAUGCCUCUGGGUGAGAUGACAGCCAGACAGCAGCAGCAGAGCUCAGGUGGAGCUAGCUAUACUAACACCUACCCCAUGGCACCAAGCUCUACCCAGGGUGGGGUACCUCUGAGCCCUGUAGGGGAUGCUGUUAUCACAGGUCCUGAUCCACGGACGUACUACCAUCAGUCCCCCACAGGAGGUGGGUUAUUACCCCCUCAUCAUCCCACUCUACCCCCCUCCUCUCAUCCUAUUCCCCCUGAAGCGCUAGAUUUGCUGUGUGCCCACCAGGCAUUUGCAGAUCCUAGGUAUGUUGGCGACAAUUCUUCCAGCCAACAUCGAAUUCACUGAUUCUACCAGUCACCUACCACAAGGUCAAAGGUCAAUCACAUCACAAGGUCAGUGAUAUUUGUCUGAAGGACAUCUGAAGGUCGUCCACCAACCUGUGACGUUUAUCACAAGGUCAAUGACAUCUGAAGGACAUGUGAAGGGCAUCUGAAGAUCACCAACAUAUAACUACAAAGCAAUGUCACUGACAAUACUAGGGGUCUUGUAAACUCUAAACUCUAAAAUUUCGAAAGUAUGCAACAUCUUCCCAAAGAUCAGCCAUCAAAUUGAGGUCCUGCAAAAUUGUGAAUAUUUGCGUCGGUCUGAUUAUUGAAAUAUAUUUGCCAUCUCCUUGAAAUCCUCAAAGUCGAUGUCAAAGUCAAGUUCAUAGACAUGCUCACGGUUGAUCUUGGAUAUCUUUCUCUUCUGAGCAUCACAAGAGACUUUCUAAGUCAAUUACUACUGGUCCUGCAAAUAUCAUCGCUUCAGUCCUUCACCCUGCCUGAGGGAAUGAUGCGGUCAAAAUGGAGAGAACAAGGUCAUUAUCAAUCUUCCAGUAAAUCUUCAGAUCUCAUCUCCCAUCUGGAUCAACUCUUCAUGUCAUAAACAAGUCAUGUGAUAAACAAGUCAUGAGAUAAUACAAGUCAUGUGAUAAUACAAGUCAUGUGAUAAUACAAGUCAUGUGAUGAACAAGUUGUGUGAUAUAGAAGUCUGUAUUUUCUAUGUGUACAUUUCAACUGUUUUCCUACAAUCAGCAUUAGUCCAGAGAAUACCUUUCAGCAGUCUUUGAAGGGAUUUUAAACUUCCUUAUAGUCUUCUGAUAGAAGUUACAGCAUUGGAUAGAAGCUGUAACUUUUGUUACUAGUGUUUUUAUGUGUCUCAGUAAGAUUCGAACAACAAAUAAAGUGAUAAAUAAAAAAUGCACCACAUCAUUAUCUUGUAUAUCCUUCUAUUUCAUUGUUAUCACAGUCACACUUCUAAACCAACUCCAAACUAAUUGAAAACUUACACAAUUUGUGGUAAUGUUUGGUCUAUUGUCAAUGUAAUGUAUGUCAAACUGGUAUGACUGAGGUAUGACCUUUGUGUAAUACGAGGUUUGUUUCACUUCAAAUGUGUAUGAUAUUUUUCAUGUGUAUUGAAAACUAGAUGAACCAUACAACAGAAUUUCCUUUAACAGGUCUUUUGCAAGACAUUGUAUAUGUGGAUUCUGUAAGAGAUGGGAGGUUGAAGUUCAAGUUCAAGUUCACUUUAUUCGAUACUAGGGACUUUUAGAUUCUGCACAACAACAACGUAGACUGCCCUUUUAAGGCAAUGUGACGUCCUUUUAAGGUACUGGCAGUGACGUCACAUUGCCUUAAAAGGGUAGUACACAUUCUCGUCGUGCAGAAUCUAAAAGUCCCUACUUUCAUUAAAAACACAUGCACUCUCUCCCAUACACACAUUUUUCUGUCUGAUGAAUAUUAAGAAUAUACGUUAUUGGACUAUUGGUUCUGUAGAGAAUUGGUCAGUAUCUUGGUGUCUUAUUAGUAUUCAAUCUAUAGAUCAAUGUCUUAUUCUUUUCUCUCAUCCCAUCUUCCAUAGACAUUACUCUGUAUUUGUUAUUCCUAUAUUUUAUAUAUUUUUGUAUCUUGUCUGUUCUCUUCCUUUUUAGUAAACUCUGACCAACAAGUUUGUUUUGAAUGUUGAUUGAGACUUUAUAAAAAAUUCAUUUUCAAGAAGUGUAAUUUGGUUCUAAAAUUUUGAUAAUUGAACAUUCUUUGUAUUAACUCAUAAAGUUCAUAUUCUGUUAUAAAAUAAGUGUGUAACCAAGUGUUAUAUCUGUGAGCUAGAUUUCAGCCUUCAACUACUAUUUCCAGUCUGCAAUUCAUUCAUUACCUCGACUGUAGACUCUUAGAAUCUCAACUUUUGAUUAGAGAUUUGAAAUAAAUAAUGUGAAAGUGAUAACCUCACUCAUGAAUCAGGGAAUACUCAUAAUGCUGCAUAUGACCAUGCAGGGAAGGCAGUAUGUGGGACCAGUAGUAGUCCGCAUCUGCACUUUAAUAUAUGGGAAUGUAAGUAGAUGAAGCUAGAACAGUGUAGAAGUCUUGUGAGAACUGUCUAAUCAUAUAAGCUGUAAUGUUGUCUGUAGAGGUGUGACCUGUGACCUUUGACGUGUGGAUAUAUGACCUUUGUAUCUUUGUCACGCAUAGAGUUUAAUAUGUACAUUUAUACUCGUGCACUAAGCCUUUCUUUGAAUACUUAAUGUGCAUUUAUACGAGACGAGAAAUAACCUACAUUGUAGUUAAUACUUUGGUCAGACAGACAAACUGACUAAGACAAGAUUAAGACCAGUUCUGAAUGUCCGCUUGGCUGUUUGAAAAUCUUGUAAGUGUGAAAGAUAUAUAAAGACUAGUAUUAAUAUAUUGAUGUCCCUUGUAUUGAGGAUAGUUGUCAUUUAACAAUCAAUUUUCUUCCAUAUAUACAACUUCAGAGCUAUAGCUAUAGCCUGCCAGUAAAGGAGUUAUUUUGUUACAAUGGUUGUAUUUUCUUAUGCACAUAUUAACAUUUUGAGAUCUAAAAGAGUGCUGUUCAGAACCCAGAAAUAUUCCUGAUUUAUGGCAUGUAUACCCUCAUGUAUGGUGUAAUAUACUUGUGGUGUCAAACAUAGCAUUAUCGUGUUUGUGACUUUGUUGUGUUAGCAGCUUUUGUACAUGGUGUUUUUUCCACCUGGGGGGCGUUUCACAAAACUUGUCAUCAGUGACAAAAUGACAGAUUUUGUUAUAAGCUACUGAAAUCCUUGCUUCUGAUUGGUUACCAGCAGACAUGUCACUGAUUUUUGUAAUUUGUCAUUGAAAAAAGGCUUUGUGAAACGGGUCCCUGGUCAUGUUCAGAGGUUUGUUUCUCUAUUGCUUGUCUGUGAGUAUGAAAUGAACACUUAGAAGUAUGAUUAAUAUCAAAUUUGUAUUACUAUAUCUUUUACUCCAGAUUACAUGUUGAUUGAAAGAAAUACUUGACAAAAAUGAAAUUAUGAAAUCAUUGCAUGAUUUUAGUUAUUUCCAACACAAGAAGGAAUAUACAGAAAUACAUGCAUUUUUAAGCACUACUUAAGAUAUUUUCAUAACCAAUUAUGCACUCUGAGUCUCACCAGUAUUUUAGACAAUCCUACAAUCUACCAGCACAAUUGUGAUAUUGUAAUCCUGUAAAUCUGAGUUCUGCUAUAUAGUGUAUGCACAUCCUAGUGUAAACAAUAAGUUAAACCAUUGAAUUGGGGGGGGGGGGGGGGGUGCAGCCAAUGAAUUUCCAAAGAAUCUUUUUUUUUCUUUCUUCUGGUAGAUUCUCAUGUCAUCAAUUUUAUGUAUAUGCAUAAGAUAUCUUUCAAUUUCUACUCCAUAUAUCUUUUUUUGAAUUUUCUGUAUCCUUAUAGAUAUAGAUUAAAGGUAAGAAGGAGAAUGAUUUGUAUGAGAUUAUCUCUUUAUGUCAUAGAGUAAAUUAAUUAUUCAAGCAUGAGGUACAACAUAUUUUGUCAUUACUGUAUCUUUGAUAAAGUGAUAAUGAAUUUAAAUUUUGUUUUCAAUUCUACAAUAUUCUUGUUCUUGGAUUGUUAAUACAUUAUAAACCAGAAAGAAUGCUGCAUUUCAGUA